AUGACCAGCGAAGACUAUCCACGACCAGACUUUGUCCGCAACAAACUAUCUUGGCAGUCUCUCAACGGCCCAUGGAAUUUCCUUUUCGACGACAAUGAUAUCGGAUUAUCCGAAGGUUGGCACCUGGAUAGCCUACCAGAGGAAGUCACUGUGAAUGCCACACACACUAACAGUAUCAUGAACGCCGAAGCGCAAAGCAUCACAGCCAAAAUCACCGGAGGCACUCAAGAGUUAUUCCAAGGAAAUCAGUUUAGCGAAUCAGAGGCAACCACACACAAAACGCGCGAUAUUCAAGUACCCUAUGUUUUCCAAUCUCCAGCCUCCGGAAUUGGAGAGAAAGGCGUGCACGAAGUCCUGUGGUACGAGCGAGGGAUCGAAGACUCACGUACGGAAGAGGACAAGAAAGCAGGUCAUCGUGUGAUCCUUAGAUUUGGAGCGGUGGACUAUGAAGCCAAGAUCUGGGUUACCGGUAAGUUUUUUGGAGGUCACCGCGGUGGUCACGUUCCAUUUGACAUCGACAUCACGGAUGCGUUCGCGAAUGGAGAGAAACAAAGACUUACCGUGAGGGUGUACGACUCGGCAUACGACUUAGCACAGCCGAGAGGAAAACAGUACUGGGGUGCAAAGCCCGAAAGCAUAUUCUAUACACCGAGUGGAGGAAUAUGGCAGAGUGUGUGGAUCGAGACGGUACCACCUGUUCGUAUCGGUGAUGCGAGUAAGGGCACGGUGCUUAGAAGCAAUGAGAUCAAGAGGGGCAAGUUGCUUGCAAGUGUCAAGACUCUGGGAAGAUUGGCGGGACACAAAUACAGUGUGGAAAUUGAGACUAGCCUCGGAGGUGUGAUGGUUAGCAAAACGGAGAGGUUUGAUUUGCCCCGAGAUUCAGACAAAGUGUCUUUCGAAGCAGAUAUGCAGCUCUCAGAAGAGCAAUUGUCCCAGAUUCCCGCUAGCUUGACUGAAAAUGCUCCAUUGAAAGACGAUACUUGCUGGCUUAACGGUGUAGCUCUAUGGUCGCCAGAACACCCAACUCUCUACGACCUCGCCAUCCGUCUUUACGACUCAAAUUCUACACUCAUCGACGAAGUCCAUACCACGACUGGUAUGCGCUCCCUGUCUUGGAACAACGACACCUUCCGCCUAAACGAUCGUCCAUACUUCCAAGCCCUCUUCCUCGAUCAAGGUUACUGGCCCGACACUUUCAUGACGCCUUCCUCCUCGGCACUCAAAACAGACAUCGAGUUGUCGAAGAAAAUGGGCUUCAACGGCUGCCGCAAGCACCAAAAGGUCGAAGAUCCGUUGUUUCAUUACUGGGCAGACCGCCUGGGCUUCCUCGUAUGGGGCGAGAUGGCAAACGCGUACAUCUUCAGUGCAGAAUACGUUGAACGCUUCGACCAAGAGUGGCGCGAAGCUGUAAUGCGAGACAUCAACCAUCCCUGUGUGGUAGCUUGGACACCAGUCAACGAAAGCUGGGGCUAUACUGAUCUCAAGGGCAACCAACAACAAAGAGACCACAUCAGAAGCUUGUAUUACGCAACCAAAACCUUGGAUCCUACAAGACCUGUUAACGAUAAUUGCGGAUGGGAACAUGUUCAGACUGAUCUCACAACGUUUCAUGAUUACAACGAUGGCGAUGAUUUGACAAAGACUUGCGCGAGUAAAACUGGUAUUCUGGCGCCGAAAGCAGAACGCGGGAUGUUUCUCCCUGCACUGCCAGGUGAUGACGGGUCUUCGCAUCGAGACGGCACGCCGAUCAUAUGUACAGAAUUCGGUGGUAUCAACAUCGCGCGAUCGACUGUGGGAAAAGACGGCGAGAGACACUGGGGCUACACGACUGCGACCGAUCCAAAGGAUCUGCUCAAAAGGAUCGAGAAGAUGAUGACGGGCAUAGUGGACGGAGGACAUAUUGGUGGGUUCGUGUAUACGCAGUUGACGGAUAUCGAGCAAGAGGUCAACGGCCUCUAUACGACGGAGAGGAAGGAGAAGUUGGAUACUGGAGAGGUGAGGCGAAUUGUUGAGGGAGUCAAGGCGAAAUAUCUGCAGAUGCAUACGUAG